CAUACUUCUGGAAGUUUGAACGACCUGGUUCUCCUUAGAAGAAGAAGAAGAGUAACUUCCGGUGAAAAUGGCGCAGGGCUCUCAGAAGUUCAAGGCUCAGCGGCCAGGAGCGACCAAGAAAGGCCAGCACAACAAGCAGAAAGGACCGAAGAAAGGAGGACGGAUCAUCGCACCCAAGAAGGCUCCGGUGGUUCAGCAGCAGAAGCUGAAGAAGGGUCUGGAGGUGGCCAUCAGGAACAAGAUUGAACAAGAGGUGACCCAGAGGGCUAGCUCCUCCCUCCACAAGCCGCUGGCGGUGGUGAAAGGCGCUGAGACCAAAGGGCCGCCUGGUGCUGGCCGUCCUGGAAGCAGCUCUAAGUAAAAGACUGUCCUCCUGAAGCAGGAGACGGAAUCCUGCGGACCCCCAGGAUCAGAGGCAUCUCUGUGAUGACCACCCCAUCAGGAUCAGAGGAAUCCUCUGUGAUCCUAACUGGAUCUCCACGCUCAUGUGAAGGAGAUCUGAUGACUGCACCCCGUAUGUGACAAUGGAUUGUAGCUCCACAGAUUCACCGUGUUUAAUCCCACUUACAUUUUCUGGGACGAUUUGAAGAAGUGUAUUUACUCCUCAGUCUGGAGAAGAUUGUCCAUUUGAAUCAAUAAAAUCGUUUAUUUUAGUCUUCAUGA